AUGAAUGAUUUGUUUAAAGUGUUUGAACAGGCGGUGGUCGCACUACGACCGCAAUGCAUUAUUUUUUGGUUUUCUUCAAGAUGGCGGAUUCGGAAGAGAAAGACAGGUAAGUUUUGAAUUGAUUUUCUAUUUCUAUUCAGAGUUUUUACUUUGCAAUUCUGACUAAAAAGAAAGCUACACAUCAGAACGUUAUCUCUUCGUACUAUUUAAAUCGACAACGUUUGGAAUUCUAUCAAAAAUAUCAUGUCAUUUCAAACCCUUUUAUUUUGCCCGAUUUCAAAGGUGUCUUUAUAUUUGCAUAUAGCAGGUUAACUGUGCAUGAACCAGGUUCGAGUUUCUACUUUAUGUGAUCUACGAUAAUUAUUCGUGUCCUUUAUAUGAUCGCGCCCUCUAGCGCCCCUUGAAUUUGUACCUUUUGGGGACAUUCAUUUCAUGCUAUUUUCUGUGCUGAUUUUAGGUCUUUCUGCGAAGAUCUGUCAAGUUCUACUGCCAUGUUGGGAAAGCGGUCAUGCAUUCCAGAGGGGAAUACGCCUGGGAAAAAAAAAGACAAAGAGAAAGAGAAACGGGAAAGGCAACACAGUGAAAAAGUCAUUGUUUGAUAAUAACAUGAUUCAGGGAGAUGGCCAAAAAUUUGUCAAUGGUACUGUUUGGGUGACUGCAGAAUUGGCUGCAUUGGUUCAGCACAUAUGCUUGUAUUGGGAUGAUGCAUACACUGAUAAAUGGCCAAAAACAAAAAACAUGAAAUUUUGGAAUGAAUGUGCGGUAUCUGUCAAUAAAAUGUGUAGUACUUCUCGAACAGGUUGGUUAUUUCAAUCUCCAGUUGCAUAUAUUAAUUUCUAAAAUCUAUUGUAACAGUUGUAGUUUGUAUUUGCAUUAGCUGUGUAGAUGGUAUAUUGCAGGUUUCUGUACAGUUAACAGUGGAAAAGAUUUUCACUUUUGGUGUAUUUUGUUCAAAAGAAUUUGAUGUUGAAGAUUUUUGGAGUUUGCAAUUUCCAGAAAAAAUCAUUAACACAUUAAUGGGUCAUUCCAGAAAACAUCCAUACCUCCCCCACGGAGGAAAUAGGAAGUUAACUCCCUACCCCCUUCAGAUGUCAUAAUACAUUUACUAUUAUCAGAAACAAUAUUUCCUCCCCUCCCCCUCCGGACGGCAGAAAUUUCCUCCUUGGGGGGAGUUAGGAUCUUUUCUGGAACGACCGAAUGCCAGACAUAAAUGUCGGCUGGAGCAGUUGGAAAAAAGCACAACAAUAGCCCUUCUGGCAACAGCCAACAGGUGCCCAAUGUGCAGUUUAUAACAACUAUGGAAUCUUCAAUAGGUUCCAUAAAAUAAAUGCAACAGUAUAAUUGUUUGGUAUCUUUACAGUCAUUUUCAACUGACUUUACAUACCUAAUAUUUUCAUACCUAAAUUAGUAAAUACGAAGUUGGUAACAAUGAAUUAAAUUUUUUUGUAGGCUCAUCAUGUAGGACUAAAGUCACAAAAUUUUUGGUUAAGAAGUUUGCAACAUUGUCUGAUGCAGAGGAAUUCUAUAAUAUUGAUUAUGUUACCAGUGCAACCAAUUCCAAAGACUUUGUUUCCAAUUCAACCCCAGCAAAGCAGACCACCAGUGAAAUAAAUUAAUGUUUAUCACCAAUUUUUAGCUGUUCACCCCCAGAAAGCAGCUAAGGUAUCCUUGGGAAAUACAGUUCAAAACUUCAUAUCUUCUUUUCAAAAUACAAUGUCAGAACGUCUUCGAAAGCAAUUAUUACAAUAUCUGUAAACAUGGGAUUGAUAUUUCCAGCAGCCAAGUCUAAGACAAAUGGCUUAGAUAAUAAGCUAAAUACUGUUGUUAAGGAUAAAGACUCUACCAGAAAAACAGAAGUUCAUGAGAAUAAAUUCAUAUUUUAUGCUACAAUAGUGUCACCAUUAGUUAAUGGGACAGUCUCACAUAUGCUUGGAUCAAUGACUGUUUGAAAAUGGAAAACCAUCCGAGCUUGUUCAAAGCAUUUGCUGUAGGCAGCUGGAGCAAACUUCAAGGUCUGCAAUACAUUUAGAUAUGUUUCGUUCUCAGAAACAAUUUUCUUGGCCUUGUUAAUUCCAAUGCCUCGAAUAUUAUCAAGGUAGUCACAGCCAGCAGCAAUGCACAUGUCAGUGAACUUAUCUGCAUUUAGGUUUAAAUGUUUCUAGACUUUUUCCAGCUCCACAAAGUCACCUGUCCCAUUUGUUUCUAGCUUAAACAGUACCUGAAAUAUCAUAAAUAAUUUAUUCUACAAGCUUGAAAAGGUCUAUUAUUCAUGUGCAAAAAAUUAAAUCUGGUUCUCCCCAGUGAUGAAUCCGUUAUCCAGCACUAUAAAAAAAACUGUAUUCUAUAUAUAUUUAGUAAAAAGUUAGUUGGGUCCUAAUGCAAAUGCUGCAUUGUUGAUAGAUAGUGAGUAGUGAAAACCCAUCUCUUCGUCAUAUUUUUUUGCCAGUUUAUCACAAGUAAAAUAGUAAAAACGUUUUGAAAUGUUGUUUUCUUACUGUUUUUUUUAACAAAAAAAAAAGAUUAUUCACUCUCGAUUUCUAUGAUGUGAUAGUACUGUAACUAUCGCCUGAUAUAGAAAUCUCAAGCUUGUAAUC